AUGUCCGCUCCAACCACCUCCACCCCGGAAAGUCCCCCCAUCCUCUCUAGCGCGAACGGCCUUCGAACGGACAAGGUCUUCAUCGGUACCGUUGUCAGCAUGUUGCUCCUCCUAGUCGUCCUCGCAGUCGGGAUCGCCGCGCUGCUUUGUUGCCACCGGGGACGUCAACACCGCGUCCGCGACUGGUAUCGUCGGAGAAGGGUAGCCAGAUGGUCGCUUUGGGAGGCGGAUCGGCCAAGCCCGAGCGCAUUGAUAGGUCGUCCCGAUGAGUCGGGUGUUUCCACGCCGGAUAGCGUGUUGAAGAAGGACAGUGCCUGA